UCUCUCUACUCCCCAUCUACUUUCUCUUCUUAUCUCCUCUCUUCUUAUCCGUCACUACCUGCAAUAUUCUUCAGCAUAUUUCAGGUAGACUGAAAUCUUCUUUCUUGGUAGCCAAGGAAUGUUGUAGAGGAAAGGAAUUCUUGAAUUCCUGUUUUUAAGAAUUGGGGAAACUACUUUUGGAGUUUUGGAGGUUUGAGGAUCGGAAAAAAUGGCUUCUUUUGACAAUUUGAUGACGAUGGAACCCUGGGCUUUUCGUUCUGCAUUCGGCGAUUCUUGGUAUUCCGACGUGUUUGCUCGCGAAACUGAUGCGCUGACGAAGGUUCUGCAGAAAUCGAUGUCUACUCCGGUGGCUACGCCGCUUGCGGCGGCGGCGGCAGAGGGAUUCCCCGCGGAGAUGGUGUUCUCUGUCGCGAUGCCUGAGACGACGCCGGUUCAGACUCCCAGCGCUUCCGGUGGGUCGGAGAACGAGACGCCGGGCUCGAAGCGGCGGAACGUGGGUCCCAGCGGGAAGAUCACGAAGCGCAAGUCUCGCGCCGCCAAGCGCGCAACCACCACGUACAUCACCGCCGACGCUGCCAACUUCAGGCAAAUGGUGCAGCAGGUCACCGGCGUGAGGUUCGCCGCCGGCGGCGGCGGCGGAAAGCUGCCGGUACCUCCCAUCCUUAAACCGGAGCCUCACCGCGCCAUCAACCAGCUGCCGCCGCACACCUCCGCCUGCUUGCCCACUCUCGACACCUCAGCUUUCUUACUCGACCACAACAACCAGAAACAACAGAUGUUGGGCUCCUCCCCGGUGUCUCUAAUCCAGCCUACAACUCUUACUUCUCCUCCGCCUCCGCCGUCAGGGACGGUGGCCGACGGCGGCGUGACGGGCUUUGACUUUGACGCUUUCUCAAGCUUCCCCACCCUGGAGUCCUGGAACUAAUGUAGUAAUGCAGUAACUCCCGUAGUGUUACUAAUACACCCUCCUCUGUAAUUCUGAUUUUUAUUAUAUAUUUGGUAAUUAGUGAGUCAGUAGAAGGGUAAAACUGAAAAUUCUGUUAAUACUAAGUAGCAGGGGGGAAGCAAAGGAAAGGAAAGGAAAGGCGUCUUUUUUAACUUAUAAACUGUAAUUUCUUUCGUUAAUCAUUAUGGAGUAUUAUUAUUACUAGAAAA